GUGCCAUUUGUGGUGGGCACUGCUGUACGAAUGCAACGGAAUUGGAGCUGAAAAAGAAGUCCACCGGCGAAUUUGAACGCCUUUUGCAUCAUCACACCAAUAGCCUGCGCGGCAUACUCGAAUCUACAGCGAAUCUAUUUCAAAAACAUGUCCUAGACCUGGCAGAACAAUCAGAGAAUAAAACACUUGCGGUCUUUUCACAAGUUUACCGACGCAUGGUGCCACAAUCGAGCGAAUUGAUCCAUCAACUCUAUUCCGAAAUUAUGAACCAUUUGAGGAAUUCGAAUAGCAAUAACGUCAACAGCGGUAGCGUCAACAAUCUGAACAAUCUGGAAGAAGCAAUACAGAAAUUCUUUGUGAAUCUCUUUCCGGUCGCCUAUCAUCAGGCAGUGCACUUGAGCAAGGAUAAUUACGGCGAAUUACAUGAGGAUUAUAUCAAUUGCUUGAAGCACACAUUCGAUGAUCUGCAACCGUUUGGCAGCAUACCACAGGAGAUCAAACGCAAUUUGUUGCAGAGUGUACAAACAGCGACAAUGUUCUUAAAUUCAUUGCAACAGAGCGCUGAGGUGCUCAGCGAAGCUGAUCAAUUGUAUUCGUUGUAUCUAAGCGACAACUGUCAAAAGCAUUUGCUCAAAAUGAGGCACUGUCCUAGCUGUAAUGGUUUGCAGAAGACACAAGUGAAGCCGUGCUACAGUUAUUGCAUGAAUGUAUUGCAUGGUUGUUCGGCUCAAUACGCUGGCGUUUUGGAAGGCCCUUGGUCCAAUGUUGUUGAUGCGAUCCAGAAUUUAGUGACAACUCAUAUACGAUCUGAUAGUGGUAUUGUAACAACAAUUAAACAACUAGAUAUUAAGUUGUCGGAAACGAUCAUGCGUGCUAUGGAAAAUGGACCUAACCUAGAAAUGAAGGUUAAGAAAACAUGUGGCACACCUAAAUUAUUACCCUCCCUCACUAAAGACAGCGAGCCACGCCCCCAAACUACACAUACCAUUAAGUGGGCCUCACCACCAGACACGGAAAUUCUACGCUUCCAAUCUACAAUCGAUAAAUCCAAAGAAUUCUACGCGAACAUCGUUCACAAUGUGUGCGAAGAUGAUGACAUACAACGAAAUGAUCACAAGUGCUGGACAGGCGAUCGUGUUGGCGACUACACGCAAUUGGUCAUGGCACAGGGUGUCGAUACGCAACGUUACAAUCCCGAGGUGCCGUUGGAGGUAAAUUCGCAGUCAACGAAAUUGAACGAGUUGGUGGACAAAUUGAUCAAAGUGCGCAAAAAUAUUGGUGCAGCGGUACCAUCCACUCCACGUUCAUACUCGGAUAUACAAAGCGAUAUGGCGCGCCACGACGAAGAGGGCUCCGGUCACAUGCCCGACGACAUGGACGAUGAGGAGUACGGCAAUCAGAAUGGUUCCGGCGACGGCUCUGGCGACGGUGCCACCUCAUCGCCCUUCGAUCCAUUGGGCCCAACCGAGAUCACCAACAACGACAUACAGCCACGUCAAGAGAACGCGGCGACGUGUCACAGCGGCCUCGGCAAAUUGCUUGCCACCGCAGCACUACUAGUCCCGAUUGUAAGCUUUUUGCUGAGCAGCAGCUAAAUUAGAGCAGCCAAGAGAGCUCGGCAAGCAAUCAGCAGGCAGCAAUAAUUAUAUUAUAUAUGAAGCAUGCAAACGGAAAGUUGUUUCACUUUAGUAAUACUAUAAAUAAUAACUAAUUUAUAUAAACGAAGCAGGCGAAGAGGAAAAGAAAAUAAUAAUAAUUAAAAACAAAAAAGUAUAUACAUAUAUAUACACAUACAUAUAAGUAUAUGUAUGUAUACAUAUUUAUAAAAAUUAAAAACUAGUAUGUUGAUACAUACAUACACA